GGAGGCGUGGGGACCGGCUCGGCCGCCGCAGCUCAGCUCAGCUCAACCAGCGGCGGCGGCGGCGGCGGAGCAGCAGCCCAGCGGCAGCUCCAGCAGCGGCCCAGACCCGGCUCAGUUCGGCCCGCUUGCUCGCGCAGCUCAGCCGGCCCGGGGCGGCGUCGGGGGCGCGCGCGAUGGCGCUGAGGCGGCAGGAGCAGGCGCUGUCGGAGGAGAAGGGCGCCCUGGAGGCGGAGGAGCCGGCCGAGGAGGAGGAGGAGGAGGAUGGCGGCGGCGGCGGCGGCCGGGGCGCCUCGGGGGCCCGCGAGAGGCGAGAGUGGCCCGUGCCUCCGCCCGACUUCACGCCCCCCGACGGCGGCUUCGGCUGGGUGGUGGUGCUGGCCGCCACCUGGUGCCACGGCUCCAUCUUCGGCAUCCACAACUCCUUCGGGAUGCUCUACGUCCUGCUGCUGGAGGAGGGCGGCGGCGCCGAGCAGGACCACACGCUGGAGUUCCGCACAGCCUUGGUUGGAUCCAUCGGCAUGGGGAUGGUUUUCUUUUGCUCUCCCAUCGUCAGCAUCUUCACCGAUCGGAUCGGAUGCCGGACCACUGCUGCCUCGGGAGCUGCCAUAGCUUUCAUUGGCCUCCUCUCCAGUUCCUUCACCAAGUCCCUGGAGGUCCGCUACUUCACCUACGGAAUCCUCUUUGGUUGUGGCAGCUCCUUCGCCUUCCACCCGUCCCUGGUCAUUCUGGGCCACUACUUCAAGCGACGACUCGGUCUGGCCAAUGGACUGGUGACGACCGGCAGCUGCCUCUUCUCCGUGGGUCUCCCGUUCCUCCUGAAAAUCGUGGGAAAGGCCCUUGGCCUUCCUCGCACCUUCCAGAUGCUGAGCGCCUUCCUGCUGGUCCAGAUCUUCUUGUCCCUGACCUUCCGCCCGAUGUUGCCCUCGGUCUCAAGUCCUCGAGAUAGGGAGGUCAAACUAGACACCCGGAGCUGGAUACAGCAAUGCAUGUCACAGAUGCGGAAAUAUUUCAACUUGCGAGUCUUCAGAAGAAAGACGUACCGAGUUUGGGCUUUUGGCAUAGCGACUGCCAUCCUGGGAUAUUUUGUCCCUUACAUGCAUCUGGUGAAGUUCGUGGAAGUGAAAUUCAACGAAAAGGAAAGAUCCUGGAUUGUGCUUGUUUGCAUAGGAGCAAUGUCAGGAAUUGGACGGCUGGCUUCCGGACACAUCGGUGAUCUCAUCCCUGGAUUGAAGAAGAUAUAUUUGCAGGUUGCGUCCUUCAUCAUCUUGGGUGUCAUGUGCAUGAUGUUGCUACAGUGCCAAGCAUUUUGGGGGGUGAUUGUCGUCUGCCUCUUCCUUGGACUCUGUGAUGGACUCUUCAUCACCAUUAUGGCCCCCAUUGCCUUUGAGCUGGUUGGGCCCAUGGAGGCUUCUCAAGCCAUUGGCUAUCUCCUGGGACUCAUGGCCAUUCCCAUGUCAGUUGGCCCACCAAUUGCAGGACUCCUUCAUGACCAUUUUGGAAAUUACCAGCUUGCCUUCUACUUUGCUGGAGUUCCUCCAAUAAUUGGAGGUCUCAUUCUUGCGUUUGUUCCCUUCAUCCAUCAGUGUCAGCUCAAGAAGAAACGACUGGAUUCGGGGAAAGACAAGAUGUUGGGUUCAGAGAUGGUCCCAAAUGGAGAACUCCUCCCUGGUUCUCCAACCACAGAGGGAGCUACAUUGUAAAACUCUGGCUUGGUUACCCAUCCUGUCACCAGCAGCGUUUUCUGAUCCCCGUCUGAGCCGAGAUCUUUUGAAAGAAGAACUUCACCUCUUGUAUGAUAACAGAAAAUCACUCUGUUGGUUGGUCCUGAUCAAAUUCUGGGCUUUCAAGUUGAAUUUGAGAUUCCUUUGCCUCUUUCUUUCCUACUGAACAUUCUCAUUGUUCCCACAUUUAUGUCCCAGCUGUGAUUUUUUUUUCCAGUUAGCACAUUAGUGGAUUAUGCAUAGAUGACUGUGAUGACAUUUUAAUAGAUUGUGUCGGACUACUUCCUCUCCCCCCCAAAAUAGAUUCUGUAGCCAAACUUAGUUAUUUUGCUGACAGUGAGCUUAAAUUCACUGGAAACUCCAUCCGGAGCGAAUUGUGAAGCUGCCAAAUUCCCAGAAAUAUAAAUUAAUAUAUAAAUUAAUAUAUACUGAUGGAGACAGAAGGACAAGAGCUGAACGGGUGGAUUUUGAAUCCUUUUCUGAAAAGUUUUCUUUUCAACCAGCAAGUUCAGCCCUUUUCUCCUGUCUCCCUAAAAUCUGUCCCCAAACAAAUAAUUAGGUUUUUUUUCUCCCCUUCCAGUUCCGUUGAAUUGUGAAUUCUUUGUUUGAUUUCUUUUGCAUAUUAAAUGAAUCUCAAAAGGAAGAAUAAUUCCUCAUUUAUGGAUACAGUUGAGAGACCCAGUUGAAAACACUGAUGCUGCUCUUUUGGAGACCCGAAAGAUGAAGCUCCGAUUCUCUUACUUGGGGGGGAGGGGAUUUCAUUGCAGGGCUUGCUUGGUUUCCAAUGUAAUUGUUUCAAGAAAGGAAGCUGGAAGAAAAAAAAACCAGCGGACAUUUAUACCAAAGGUUGCAGAUGAGGAAACUGAGGCUCUAAUUACCUUAUUACAGAGGAAGGAGCCCAUGGCCCUUCCAUUUGGGGAAGGAACAUUUUCUCUCUUUCUUAAGGGUCUGAAAACAACCCAGGAGGGAGAAAAAAAAUGCAAAACAUUAACCUGGCUUGUUGACAGCGUCCAGGUAAAUGGAGGCUUGUCAAAGGUCUCUUGUCGUGAGCUGUAACGAAGUGUCAGCUCCUUUCCCAAUUGGCUUCUAAUUUCCCAGUUUCCCAAAUCAUUCCUGGAAUGGAGAUUUACUGGGUUUUGACCUUAUUCAGGACCUGCAUUCUUCAUUACCAUCUAUAGGUAGUCCUCGACUUAUGACCACAGUGGGGAGCAGACUUUCCAUCACUAAACAAGGCAGUUGUUAAGGGAGUUGUACCCAAUUUUACAACCUCUUUUGCCACUGUUAAGUAAAUAACUGCAUUGUUAAGUGAAUCUUGACGCUGUUCAGCCACUCCAGCUUGCCCCAUUGAUUUUGCUUGACAGAAGCUACAGGUAGACCUCGACUUAUAACAGUUCGUUUAGGGACCGUUCAAAAUUACAACUCCACUGAAAAAUAGAACUUACGACCAUUUUCCACACUUACGCUCUUUGUAGCAUCCCUAUAGUCACAUGAUCAACAGUCAAUUGAUUGGCAACCGGUUCAUACUUACGACGGUUGCAGUGUCCUGGUCCCUUUUUGCAACCUUCUGACAAGCAAAGUCAAUGGGGAAGCCAGAUUCACUUAAGAACUAUCAACUGCAAUGAUUCACUUGACAAUUGUGGCAAGAAAGACAGUAAAAUGGGGCAAAAGUUAAGUAUUUCGUUUAACAAGAGAAAUUUUGGGGUCACUUAUGGUCUUAAGUCGAGGACUACCUGAACAGGGAAAAUUGCAAAUGACAAUCACAUGAUCCUGGGAUACGCCAAGUGUCAUAAAUAGAUGCCAAUAACAAAAUGCCCCAAUUGUGAUCAUGGGAACACUGUGACAAUCAAAAGUGUGAGGGUCUUCAUAAGUUGCUGUUUUUUUGUGCUGUCAAAACAUCAAAUGGUCACUAAGUAAAUGGUUGUAAGUGGAGGACUACGUGUAGUUGAAGACUAAUGUUAUUUUCCCUAGUCAGCUGUGUCAUCUGAACAAGAAUCAAAAAAUACGUUCAUCUCCCUUAACACUAGCAAAAACUAGAUUGCCUUAGCAGCUCUGUUCCCUUUUCCUUUCCACAUAUUUCCCUCUGACUGUAUAGAUUACAGGAAAAAAAUGGAUGGAUAAAUUGGAUGGAUAAAUAGAUUACAGGGUAAAAAAAUGGUUGGGAUCCCAUCCCAAACAUGGCUAAACUGAUGCUGAUCCCUGCUGUGCACCAUGGAAGUGAUAACCUCCCAGUCCCCUAACGGUGGCUCAGACCUCAUGUCCAUGUGGUGUCUGACCAUAUGCUGUGAACUCAUGAGAGUUGAGUUUAACUGGGAAGAACAACUGGGCCAGUCCUACAUACCCUAUAACAGGGUUCUCCCAGUUUGGCAACUUUAAGAUUUGUGGACUUCAGCUCCCAGACAUCCCCAGCCAGUUAUACCGUGAAUUCUGGCAGUUAAAAUCCACAAAUCUUAAAGUUGCCAAAUUGGGAGACCAUUGUCCUAAGAUUGUUUCUCAACCUUAGCAACUUUAAGACGUCUGUGGACUUCAACUCCCACAAUUCACUGGCUGGGGAAUUCUGGGAGCUGAUGUCCAGACAUCUUAAAGCAUCUACUGUUGAAAAAUACGACCCUGUACUGAUGCUAAAUGCGGGUGUACAGCCAUCAGUUAAAAGUGUGGUCCAUUUUCAUAUCUCCCAAAGAACCACUGAUGGAAGUUUCAACCAUCCCUCUCUUCUGUGGAUUCAUCCCAAAUCCACUCCUCCUGAAGCUGUUCUAAAGCCCAGAAGAAAAGCGGACAGAACUUGAUCUUAGGAUUUGGGGGCUGGAGAAGGAAAUCUUCAAUGGUCGAAAAAGGAAGGAUUUUAUCUCACCUCCCAUCCCCCACAUGCCCCAUGUGUCAGUCAACAGUUUGCUUUGAACUACAAUGAGUGGUCAGUGAAUCUGGCCCUGUGGAACACCAUUCCUUCUGUGUAAUAAGGUUAGAUAUGAUCCAUAUUUGGGGGUAUUUUGAUUCCUUAGAGAAUCAGUUAUAGAGCAGUAGAGCUGAGUUUCUCAGCCGCUUCAAGAUAUGUGGACUUAGGCUGUGCUGCCUGUGGAAUUCUGGGAGUUGAAGUCCACCUGUCUUUGUUGCUGAGGUUGAGAAACUGCAAUAGGGAAUAACCCAACGGAUGGCUGAACUUUCUUCAGAUGCUUCCAUUGGGUUCUCCAUGGAUGCCCACUGUGUCCCAGCAGUAAAUAUCACUAGUUUCCACCCCUUAAUGCAGAGAUUUUAUAGUCUUGUACUCUGGCAAGUUAUAAAGCACACAUUAAAAAUAUGUGCCAUCUGUUGCUGUAUAGUUUGCCAACAAUCCACUGAUUCCAGGUUUUUCUUUUUUUUAAAAAAAAUCUCUGCAGGUUUUCUAUAUGUCUCCUGCUCAGGGAUCUAAGAUAUAGCCAUGGAACUUGUUGAGUAAACCAGAGGUCUCCACCCUUGGUCACUUUAAGACUUGUGGACUUCAACUCCCAGAAUCUAGGACUUGAAGUCCACAAGUCUUAAAGUGGCCAAGGGUGGAGACCUCUGGAGUAAACCAUUGAUGACAUUCAGAUAUUCUAAGUCCUAAGGCAGAAAAUGCAACCCUUUUCAGGCGGGCUGGGGGGGUGGGGAAGGCAUCCCCCCCCCUUGUUUUUGCUGAAGGCAACAGGCAGUUUUACUAAUGAUAUCACAAUGUCUUGGCCCAUUAUAGGAAGAGAAGGGGCAAAAUGGAAGUUUUAAGGCUUCUAGAAACUAAAAGGAUUCAUUUUCCCCUUAAAACUCCCCAGACAAGUAAAUGUAUUUUAUGUUUGUUUGUUUUUUUAAUUUUAGAAAUGUGUAAGGCCACACAGCUCCACAACAAACCUGGGUGGCAUUCAACAAAAACAAGUAUACACUGUAAUUAAAAUCAAUCAACCAACCACCGUAAGAGUUACUGCCAUCAAAGACAAUCAAACUGGCAGGACCGACCACCCACUCAAGGUCUGAAUUGCCAGAUCUCUUCUGAGCUUGGUUCAGGAGGGAAUUACAACAGGGGUGAAAUCCAUUUUUAUUUUUUUUACUGUGAGGAUGACAGUUCUGUGAGGUGGCUUGGUGGACGUGGCAGGGGAAGGAUACUGCAAAAUCCCCAUUCCCUCCCCACUCGAGGGGGAAGGAUAUUGCAAAAUCUCCAUUCCCACCCCACUCCUGGGGCCAGCCUGAGGUGGUAUUUGCUGGUUCUCCAAACUGCUCAAAAUUUCUGCUACCAGUUCUCCAGAACCGGUCAGAACCUGCUGGAUUUCACCCCUGGAGUCAGAUGUAUCUCAGGCAGGAUGGAGUUCCAGCCUAUAAGAAGUGCCUUAAGCCUCUACAACAGAGGUCUUCAAACUUGGCAGCUUUAAGACUUGUGGACUUCUGGGAGUUGAAGUACACAAGUCUUAAAGUUGCCAAGUUUGGGGACCCCUUCUCUACAAAGAGGCUUUUGCCCUUUAAAAUUUCCCCAAGCAUCCCAUCAAACCAAAGAAGAUCAAACCAUUCAACCCUGCCCUUUGCAGUCUUGUAUUUCUGGGCUAGUUGUCUCUGCUGUACAGCUUGUGGUGCACCUGUUAAGCCAAGAAACUAAAAACAGAAGCUUAUCAAAAGUUGUUAGGGAAGCUGAGCCACAAUCCUGUAUUUUCCUUCCCCAGUUCAUACACACCUGGGGUUGCAAUGUUCAAUCUCAACAUUUAUCAGCAGGAAAAGCCCUUCGGAUCCCAUUGUCUCCCAGAGGUGAAAUUAUCCCAGCAUGAUCUAAGCGUGUUCCAUGAAGUCUGAUUGCAUUCCUACACAACCAACUUGUGUGACACCCUUUACUUUUGUAAAGAAUGCUUAAAUGUUCUUUGUGACUUUUUUUCAACAGAGAAGUGUAAAGUUUGUGUAAAAAUUGUUCUUUCCAAAGGUUUUUCCUUUCUCCUCUGAGCAAUUUGUCUGCUUCCUAGAACCCUCAUAUGUAUCAAAUGUUAAAUGUAUGGCCAUUUGCUCUAACUCUUCUGAUGAAAUAAUGGCAUUUGUGUAACUUUGGUUUUCCUUCUGGAUAAGGGUGGUCACCCUUCUGGGUGAUCCCUUGCACUGGGGGGUGGGGCUUGGAGCACCUGUGAUUACAGUUGCUCAAAAUUGCAUCGGUCCCUCUGAUUUUGUGUACAGGUUGUCCUUGACCUAUGACAACAAUUGCACCCAAAAUUUAUGUUGCUAAGUGAGACAUUUGUCAAAUGACUUUUGCUCCAUUUUAUGACCUUUCUUGCCACAGUUGUUAAAUAAAUGGUUGCAGUUGUUAA